AUGGCACACGACAUGGAGCGAGUACUGAUGUCCCCGGCGUUCGAAGUGUUUAACAAGCUUCGGCUGGCAGGACAGCUUUGUGACGUGGUCCUCAUCACCGACGGUGUUCAAUUCAACGCCCAUAGAGUAAUUCUGUGUGGCUGUAGCUCCUACUUCCAGGCUCUGUUCGCCAGUGACUGGAAUGAUUCAGGAAAGCGGGAGUACCAACUCCCAGGCAUUUCCCCAGAAACACUGAGGCAGGUCAUAGAGUAUGCCUACACGUACUCUGUGGUCAUCACAGCUGACAAUGUGGAGAACCUCCUGGCAGCUGCUGAUUAUCUCAGUGUCUUGGGCAUCGUACAGCGCUGCUAUGAUUUCCUGCAUGAGCAGCUCUGCCUCAACAACUGCAUUGGCCUUCUUAAAAUCGCCGAUGUCUACUGCGUAAACGAGCUGCACCAGUUUGCAUUCAACUUCAUCUUGAAAAACUUUAAGGAGGUUGCCAUCAGCUCAAACGAGUUCCCAGAACUAAGUCUUGAACAACUUUCUGACAUCAUACAGCAGGAUGAGCUUAAUGUCAGAGAAGAGGAUGUGGUGUUUGAGGCCAUCCUCCGGUGGAUCAAACACGAGCCUGCCACCCGAGAGGCCCACAUUUCAGCUCUGUUGCCCAAGAUUCGGAUGGCUCGUAUGGAUCCGGAGUACUUUAUGAAGAUCGUCAAAGCCAACGAUCUGGUGAAGGCCAAUGCGGCGUGCAGGCCAAUUAUCACUGAUGUCAUGAAGGUCAUCUAUGAUCUUCAUGAUGAAAGUCCAUUCUCUGAUUUUGAGAACCCACUGAUCCGCCCGCGCUUGCCCUCUGACAUUUUGCUGGCUGUUGGUGGAUGGAACAUGCGCACGACAAACUGCAUUGAUGCAUAUGACACACGGGCCGACCGCUGGGUGGAUAUCACGCAGGAGGAGCAGAGCAACCUAGCUGGUCAUGGCACGGUGUACCAUGAUGGGUUUGUGUACUGCAUUGGGGGGUUUGAUGGGCAAAAUUUCAUCAAUACCGUGCGCAGAUACGACCCGAUCACACGAGCAUGGCAGCAGAUGGCCCCCAUGCACUGGCAUCGAUGUAAUGUUAGUGUGGUCGUGCUCGAUGGGCUCAUCUACGCCAUGGGUGGCCAUAUUGGUUUCAGGCCCCUCAACAUUGUAGAGUGCUACAACCCAAUAACCAAUGAAUGGACCCAGAUCGAGCACAUGAAUGAGAGGAGAAACGAUGCCAGCGCCACCACCCUGAAUGGCAAGAUAUACAUCUGUGGGGGCCACAAUGGAACAGAGAGCCUAUCUACAGUGGAGUGCUUUGACCCACUCUCUAACGAAUGGAGCUUGAUCACUCCAAUGAGCAUUCCCCGUCACAGCCUUGGAGUCACGGCGUAUAAAGGGAAGAUAUAUGCGGUGGGCGGUAUCAACAGGCCUGAUCGCCUGCAGACCAUGGAGGUCUAUGACCCUACCACAAACCGCUGGCAUGCUGUGGCCCCCAUGUCCACACCGCGCAGUGAUUUUGGCAUCGCAGUGGUGGACGACCUCCUAUUUGUGAUGGGCGGCCACGAUGGGUUUGGGGUAACUAACAAGGUGGAGUGCUAUGAUGCGGGGACAGGCAGCUGGUAUCGUGCGCAGGACAUGAGCAGAGCCAGAAACCAUUUCAGCUGCUGCGUAGUGCCUGCGCACCCCCGCAUCAUAGAAUAUGCUUCACCUCGUUAGUCCCUAAUGGCCGCC